ACCUUGCUAGUGGUGUUGGCGUAGAAACGUUGUACAAAGCUGGCAGGAUGGCCAUGGCCGUCCGAUAUCCUCUAUUCCCCCUUUGAAGGGGAAAACUGCUUCAGGGUAGUGUUUCACGAUCUGAACAAUCAUUCCUAAAAAUAGUUUGCCUAUCAGGUCUCAGUUAAUUAAACUUAAUAAUAAAACUUUAUCCUUCAUCGAACUCUUAAUCUUUCUUCCUUUCUCGCUCGCCCUUCGUCCUCGGCGUUCUCACCAUCCCAACGAGCAUCGGUGCAACACUCUCCAAGCGCCGCGUUCGAAGCCACCGAAGAAGAAGGAAGAGGGGGGAAGAAAAGGGAGCCUUUUUUUAUAGCUCGAAAGAAGGAAUAAAAAGGGCAGAGAGAGAUGAACGAAGAAAGGAAGAAAGAAAACCCUCGUAGAGGAGGAGGGUGGAAGGAGGGGAGGGCUUCGAUGAGCGUAGAACCCCGUGCAAGUUCGGGCUUUGAUUUUCUAAGAGGAAGAGGAGGGGGGGGGAGAUGGAAGCUAAAGGAAGGUGAUGAGAAGUAAAAGAAUAGGGGAAGGAAGGAGGAUAGAAAGAACAUAGGAAGGGGAAGUUUUUCUUCGAUGCCCUUUUCCCUUUUUUGAAUGAUGGAAGAUUGCUGUUAUUUGAAUAAGGUGGGAACUUUGAAUUAGGCUUCUUCAGCCCGGGCAAUUUGAAGAAUAGAUACUUGGGCAUUUGGUACAAGAAUAUCUCAACUCAGACAGUUGUUUGGGUUGCCAAUAGAGAAGCUCCACUUACUGACAAUACUGGAAGUCUGAACAUCAGCAGUGAUGGAAAUCUCAUCCUCUCCAAUCAGGCAGCCAAGGUUUUCUGGUCGACGAGCUCAUCAUUAUCAAGCAGUCCAGUGGCACAGCUCUUAGAUACAGGGAAUUUUGUUCUGAAAGAAGGUAACAAUGAUUCAUGUAGCUUGUUGUGGCAGAGUUUCGACCACCCAUGUGAUACGUUGCUUCCAGGAAUGAAACUUGGAUUGAAUUUUACCACUGGCCUUGACCUAUAUCUUACCACAUGGAAGAGCACCGAUGACCCUUCACCAGGGGACUACUCAUUCAAGCUCGAUCCUCAUGGAUCACCAGAAUUCUUCAUAUGGAAGCAAUCAACAAAAGAGUAUCGAAGUGGCCCUUGGGAUGGGAUUCAAUUCGAUGGAUGGAGCCUUUAUUGGUCAAUACCAAAAGACCAAUGCGAUUAUUAUGCUGUGUGUGGUCCUUAUGGCAUUUGUAACUCGAACGACUCGCCAAUCUGCAACUGUCUUUAUGGAUUCAGUCCCAAGUCACCACAAGACUGGAAUCUCAGAGAUGGACAUGAUGGGUGUGUGCGGAAGACAAGCUUGGAUUGCCAAGGAGAUGGGUUUGUAAGAUUGACUCAUGUCAAGUUGCCAGACACCUCAAACUCCACCGUGAACGAGCGCAUGAGCCUUGAGCAGUGUCGAGAAAGCUGCUUGAAUAAUUGUUCAUGUGUGGCUUACGCACCUGCUAAUAUCAGUGGAGGAGGUGCUUGUAUUAUUUGGAAAAGUGAUCUGAUAGAUAUUAAGCAAUUUGUUGAUGGUGGGCAGGAUCUCUACGUUCGCCUUGCAGCAUCUGAACUGAGCACAGGCUCAACUGGAGACGACCCAAACAAGAAGAAACAAGAGAUAGUUAUUUUCGUCAUAUGUAUAGCAUCUGGGCUGCUGUUAUUGGUGUCAAGUGGUUGUUACAUCUGGCAUAAGAAGUUCAAAAGUCAUAGUAUUAAGUUUAGUGGGCGAAGGCAGUUGUCAUUUGAUUUGUCUCUUAACGCAUUAGGUCCUACUCAAGACGUCUACCCACAAGAUGAACGUAAUGGAGGGAAAGAACUGGAACUCCCCCUAUUUGAACUAAGCACCAUAGUGAUUGCCACAGACAACUUCUCUAUCGCCAAUAAGCUUGGUGAGGGUGGCUUUGGCACUGUUUACAAGGGUGAACUUGAAGAUGGGCAGGGCAUAGCUGUGAAGAGGUCGUCAAGGUAUUCACUCCAAGGCGUAGAUGAGUUCAAGAAUGAGGUUAUGUUGAUCGCCAAACUUCAGCACAUAAAUCUUGUUAGACUGCUUGGUUGCUGCAUGCAAGGAGAAGACAGGAUGUUAAUCUACGAAUACAUGCAUAAUAGAAGUCUGGACACCAUUAUCUUCGCAGACAAAACUAAAUGCGCACUCCUGACUUGGCAAAAACGCUUCAAUAUCAUUUUGGGGAUCGCCCGUGGACUUCUUUAUCUUCAUCAGGAUUCUAGGUUAAGAAUCAUCCACAGGGACCUCAAAGCUAGCAACAUUCUUCUAGAUAAAGACAUGAACCCCAAAAUCUCAGACUUCGGCGUAGCAAGAAUAUUUGGAGGAGAUCAGAUUGAUGCAUAUACCAAGAGAGUUGUUGGAACAUAUGGGUAUAUGUCUCCAGAAUAUGCCAUGGAUGGUGUGUUCUCAGUGAAGUCAGAUGUCUUUAGUUUCGGUGUCUUGGUCCUUGAAAUCAUAAGUGGCAAGAAGAACAGAGGAAUUUAUGCUACCGAGCCCAACCUAAGCCUCCUUAGUCAUGCAUGGAAACUAUGGAAGGAAGGCAACAGCUUGGAACUGCUAGAUAAGUCAAUGGGUUGCUCUUAUUCCAUUAAUGACGUACUCAGGUGCAUACAGGUGGGCCUACUAUGUGUUCAGGAUAGAGCAGAGGACAGACCACAUAUGUCAACUGUAAUUUUGAUGUUGGGUAGUGCAAGCACAAUGCUACCAUCACCAAACCAGCCUGGUUAUUGUAGUGAGAGAAGUGCAAUAGAUGCCGCUUCAAGUUGCACUGUUAAUGAAAUCACGAUGACAAUGUUAGCAGGUCGUUAGAGGAUUGGCCUAUC